AUGUUUCCAACACCAACUAAUCCACGUAUCCAGCCUUCUACAGAAGAAGUCAGUUGGUUGGUACCUUCCAUUAGCCUUGAGGAUGUGGAGGGGAAUCCUCCAAUUGACCUUUGCUGCAUGUUCUGCUUUGAUGGAGAUUAUGCCAAAACUGCAGCUAAAAUGGAAACAACAAAGAUCAUACUUCCUCCUUCUAUCUAUGAACCUGAUCCUGACAAGAAAGAUGUUACUCUAGACUUGAUCAUCGACAAAGCUAUGAAACAUUCUGACACAACUCUUAUCAAAGGCAAGAUUGACAAAACUGUUGGCAAUGAGAUUCACUACUAUUUACUUUGUGAAUGCAAGCGAAAAUACUACAGUCAACGGGGCGCCACAACAUCGGCAAAAGAGAACCAAAAGGAAAACUUUAGACAGGAUAGAAUAGUCGACAAGGGGAAAGGUAGUCGAGGUCCAGAUGGGAGGAGCUUUCCCCGCAGAACCGAGACAUCUAAGCCCCACAAAAAAUGCCCUGUUGAAUUCAAAUUGAGGUUGAUCCCUGGCCAGUACUGGUACUUCAAGAGAACUCGUAAGGCACUGGGUAUUCACAACCAUUCUCGAACUCCAUUUGUUGACAAACAUAGAAGAAUGAAAACCUACUCGCAGGAAGAAUUGAAUCUGGCCCAAACGUAUAGCCAAAUCUGUCCUGCCGGUGCCGCAAUGGCUUUGACUAGCAAGGCAACUGGCACCCUAGCACCUUCCAAAGAUCAGCUCCGUUACAACAAGUCUCCCACUUCUAACAAACCUGUAUCCCAAUCCCAGGCUCUUAUCGAGUACCUCAGGGAGCAAGUAUCUUUGAAGAAGAUGAGAUUCGUUGCAUUGUAUCACGAGGUCACUGAGACAAGUUUGCUAAUCAUUUCAAAGGCCAGCAUGAAUAGGAGGGCUCAACAGAUGAACAAUGAGGGUGUCUUUGAUGAGGACCUGGAACAAGCUGAAGAUAUACAGCUCACCUAUGAGGACUCCAGUUCCACUGUCCAGCAGCUGAGACUUAAGUCAGCUGCAGAGAAGGUUGGUAUUGCAGAGGCACUAUUGGCCAUGAAGCAAGAUAUGCAAGUGGGCAAAAAGGUGUUCCUUGCUUGUGCCUGGUGCACUGAAGAAGAGAGAAAACUGUUUCAGAAGUAUCCAGAAGUUCUUAUGGUUGAUGUAACGUUUCAAACAAACAAUCAGGGAAGGCCUCUGUUUACAAGUUGCUCACCAGGCAGGGACAUGUUCUUCUUCACACCAUUAAGGGCCUACUUACCUUCCCAAUGUAGGUGGGUCUUCAGUUGGCUGUUUGGAAGUGCCAUACCAUUGUUACUUGGCAUGUACUCUCUUGCAAGAACUCAGCUGGUGCUCAGUGACGGUGACCCAAACAUCUAUCUAUCGUUUGAAGAACACCAGCCCAAAGACGAGUGA